CCGAAUUUAUGAGGAUGCGGGGUUUUGGAAUAGCUAUGCUUUGUAGAGCAAUUACUACUGAAUCUUCUCAUGAAUACGGUGCUUUUACUUCUUCUUUCUCUUUCUUCUUUCACAAAAAUAGGCCCUUUUCAACUGUGCGCAGAACAUAUUUCACUCGUAUAAAUGAAUUAGAUGAUACUGUUUCCCUUUUUCGUGACAUGGUAAAGAUGCAGCCACAUUAUUCUGCCUUUAAAUUCGACGAGCUAUUGCAAGAUAUUUCCAGUAUGAAACAAUACCAUGUUGCCCUUCAACUGUUCGAAGAAAUGCGUCAAUGGGGUGCCCCUGUAAAUCGGUACACGUUGAGCAUCUUACUUAAUUGCUGCUGCCUUCUGAAACGUGUAGACCUCGGUUUCGCUAUCUUCGGCAGCUUCUUUAAACAUGGCUACGAGCCAAAUGUUACGACAUUCACCACCCUCUUACAAGGGCUCUUCUUAGAUGGUAAAGUGGCCGAUGCCGAAAAACUGUUCAACAAGCUUUUGGCUUUGAAACUCUGUGAGCCGAUCGAUGUUACAAUUCUGACUGGGAUAGACGGGCUCCGCAAAAAUGGACAUAUUCUUGCUGCUCGUGAUUUGCUAUAUUUAUUCGAUAAGACUAUCUAUAAACCCGAUGUUAAGGCUUAUAACGCGGUAAUAAAUGGCUUAUGCAAGAACGGAACGUUGGAUGAUGCACUCGAGCUCAAGUCUAGAAUGAUCGAUAAGGGCAUUUCACCCACCGUUGUCACGUAUACCUCGAUGGUUCGGGGCUUGUGCGAUUUCGGUAGAUGGAAAGAGGUGAAGGGUUUAUUAAAUGAAAUGGUGAAUCAUAAGAUUUCUUUAGAUGUUGUUACUUUAAAUGUGUUGGUGGACGCGUUUUGCAAGGAAGGAAAUGUUAAAGAGGCUCGGGAGGUAUUGGAAGUUAUGAAUCAGCAAAAUAUUUGUCCCGAUAUUGUCACUUACAAUGCACUGAUACAUGGGUACUGUUUGCAAGGGAAAAUGGAUGAAGCGAAAGAGUUGUUUGAUUCCAUAAUGGGCAACGGCGUUAAGCCAUCUAUUAUCAGCUACGGCACUUUAAUGAACGGAUACUGCAAGCGGGGAAAAGUUGAUGAAGCGUUGCGUCUUUUUCUGGAAGCUUCUUCUAAAGGCUUAGAGCACACGACAGUUACGUAUAGCAUCAUGAUACACGGAUUACUUAGUGAAGGCAGAAAUGCGGAUGGAUGGAAACUUUAUAAGGAUAUGGAAACUCGGCAAGUACAUCCUAAUUUAAGUACUUGCAAUAUUUUGUUGGAAGGCUUGUGCAAGACUCAUCAGAUUGCCGAAGCGUUUUCGUUUCUACGGGCGAUGGAAGAUAAAGGAGUAAGUCCUAAUAUAAUCUCAUACGGUAUCCUGAUUAAUGGUUUGUGCAAAGAUGGGAAACUUGAAGAGGCAAAAAAGCUUUUAAACGAGCUUCCUUCCAAAGGGUUGAAACCUAAUAUUAAAAUAUAUGCUGUCAUUAUUCGUGCACUUUGUGAAGAAGGAUUUGUAGACGAGGCAAAAGAUUUGCUUAUAAAAAUGGAGAGAAGCGGUUGCGCACCGGAUAGCAUGACAUACAACACCAUUUUUUGUUGCUUGCUGAAGAAGAAAGAGGUUUACAAGGCAAUGCCGUUCUUAGAGGAAAUGCACAAAAGGGGAUUCUCGGCCGAUGCAUCUACUUUGUCCAUGUUAAUUAGUUACCUGCAAGAAUCUGAGGAAGAUGAAAUUCUGAUGGAAAUUAUUAAGAAAGUUGUACCAAAAAUAUAAAUUAUCUAUUCGAGCUUUUGA